AUAUUCUUCAACUGUUUAUUUUUUUCUAUUUUGAGAAGUAUUGCAUAAAAUGGUAGUCACUUUUCACAAAGAUGUAAUAUUCAACGAUGAGCUAGAAGAAAAUGAAAAAUUUAGCUGGGAUGAAUUUGUACAUAAAUUAAAACAGCAGCAACUAGAAGGACAAGUUCCAGUUGUUUCAAAGCGCUAUGCAAUUUCUAUCACUGUAUUUUUUGCACUACUAUUUCUUGGAAUAUCUCAACUAUUGGCUUCUGCCAACGAAAAAGUAAUUCUCAUUCGGCAUAGAUAUGACAACGUAGCUGAAGGCUACAUUGACAUUAACAUCACUAGAUUUAUACCAAGUCCUGUAUACUUUUACUACGAGCUGCAUGACACAUUUAUGAUGCACAGAUCCCUGAACCAAGCAUAUUGCAAAAAGCAGUUAAUAACAGGAGAGUCGAAUGAAUGUGAUUCCUUCAAAAAUCAAAAUUACUCUUGUGAAAAUGCAGUGUCCCGUUCUUUCAUUCCAAAAAUGGCAAUGUUUUGUGUUGACAACCAAAAGUAUUAUGCUCCUGUUGGUGGAGCUGCUAGUAUUAUGUUCAAUGACUCUUUCAGUUUAACAUUCAACGGCUCUCCAAUUGCUUGGACCGAAGAAGGGGUGAUCGCUGAUAAACUACGCCACAUGUUUUUCGAACCUAACGAGACAAACUUAUGCGACGCUGAACAGUUUCGAGAAACUUUGAAACCGAUUGGAUGGAAACAUGAACUUUGUGAAAUGGGCGGGUAUCGCAAUAUUUCUCUUAUCAAAUGGUUAGAAUCAGCGACCAACAAAAAUUUCAAGAAAUUCUACAGAAUACUUAAUACCACAAAACAUAAUGGGCUAUAUCAAGGUGUUCACAGAUUGUAUUUUGAUAAUGAAUAUAAACCUGGAUCAUUGAUUAAAAGCACAUACCCGAUGAAGAAAUUUUUCUGGAUUUUGCAUCCAUCUUGGGUUGGGACGGAUCAGAAGUUUUUGGAGGUGAUGUACUUAAUAGUUGGAACGGGUUUACUUGCAUUAUCUUGUGGUCUAAUUGGAUUUCAAAUAUUUAUCAUGAGUCGGAGGAAAACUUAUGAAGACGAUGAUGACUAUUAAUUGUGUUAACUGAAAAGCUAUUUAAAUUUUUUAUAACUUUUAAUUCUUGUGAUGAGAUUAUUUUCUAAACAAUAAAUCGCAAAAAUAUGA